AUGAAACGGAAAACAAUACCCCGAGAAGGGGAGCCAUUGGGCUCCUCAAAGCGACGCCAAACUGAACAUCCCCCGCUCUCAAUCGAAACCGAAGAGCCGGCAUCCCUCUCUCUUCGACCCCGUAAUCCUCGGGCCGUAGAACCAGACCCGACAUUCAACCCCGACGACGAAGACGAAGUCUCAGACUCCCACGACAAAGCCACCACCAGCACCCCCUCCGACACCCACCACCCCCAACCAACCCCCCCAACCACCACAGCAGCCACCUCACUCCCGGGUACUACGCCCUCCGGCCGCGCCGGCCGCGCCCGCAAAUUCCCCUCCGACCUCAAAACCAUCCCCUGCACCUACCCCUCCUGUCCCAAAACCUUCAACCGCCCGGCGCGUCUCACCGCCCACCUUCGCUCGCACACCAACGACCGCCCGCACAAAUGCCCCUACCCCCCCUGCUCCAAAACCUACCUUGAAGAGAAACACCUCGCGCAGCACAUCAAGGGCUCCCACACGCACGAGAAAAAGUAUAUUUGUGGUGAGGAAGGGUGUGAUAAAUCCUUUGUGACGGCUACGAGGCUGCGACGACAUGCGGCGGUGCAUGAGGGCAAGGAGAGGUAUCGGUGUCGCGGGUUUGAGGGGUGUGGGUUGAGUUUUAGGAAGCAUCAGACGUUGCAGAGACAUGUGAGGGUGGCGCAUUUGGGGUUGGCGGCGUUUGUUUGUGCGAGGGGGGCUGAGGAGGGGGGGGAUGGAAGGGAGUGUGGAGCGGGGUUUGAUUCGGCGGGGGCGUUGAGGAGGCAUGUGGAGAGGGAGCAUGGGGAGGUGAGGUUUUGGUGUGAGGAGUGUGGGGGGGAGGAAGCAGAUAAAGAAGGAGGAGAAGAGGAAGAUGAUGACGAGGAGGAAGAACGAGAUGGGAAAAAAGGACGCAGAGUUGGGUUCAGAACACUGCUGAUGCUGCAAACGCACAUGCGCAAAGAGCACAUCAACUGCGUGUUCUGCGAAGUCCGGUGCGGCAAGCAAUCCGACCUCGAGCGGCACGUGGACAUGUACCACUCCGGGACGACCGUCGAAGACCGCAAGACGAUAGCCUGCACGUGGGAAGGGUGCGGCAAGAAGUUCACGCGGGUGCCCAACCUCAACGUGCACAUCCGCACCGCCCACCAGGGCGUGCGGUUCGUCUGCGGCCAGGUGGACACGGACGAGAUCGCGGAUAUUGCGGACUGGAACUGGCGGGAGGAAGGGUGCGGACAGCCGUUUAUUAGUAAGAUGAAGCUGGAAGAGCAUGUUCGGUACGUGCACCUCGGACGCAAGCGGCCGGCGAUGCAGUACACGGCCAAGUCGGCGCGGCCGGGGGAGGAGGACGAGAUGUCGGCGGCUGUGCCGACGCGGACGAUCCCGUGUUCGGUGGAGGGGUGCGAUGCUAUGUUUAUCCGGCAUCAUGAUCUUGACAAGCAUAUUCGCAAGACGCACCCGGAGUUGCAGGAGGAUGCUAUUGACCCGCGUUUGUUGGAAGGGGUUGGGGGUAGAGGGAAAGAGCAGCAGAUCUGGACCGAGUCUGAGCCCGGAUUUGACACGGAGUGGGCUGAGAUGCGGAGACUGAUUGAUCUGGAUGCGCUGAUGGACGCGAAGGAGAGUGGGGAGACAUGA